CGUCCUUCUUGUUUUUAUUUGCUGUAAACAGGCUGCAAACUCCAAACGUGAGACAGUUUCAGGUUUUAUGUUGAAUUGAAUACGUUUAUCAAAUUCUAACAACAUGCCGUCCUCGGAUCGGUCCAGCUCCGGUAGCACACGGAGUCCCCGGCCACGGAGGCCACGGACUCGCUCUCGCAGUCGAAGUCGUAGCCGAUCGCACAGUUUGUCUCCGGAUAGCUUUGGCCCUAAACUUCCGAAACCACGGAACAGAGAACGGGAACGGGAGGACCGUGAACGUCGGUUCCGAGAGGCAAGAAACAUUAAACGGAUUCGAAUCGGAAGCCCACAUAGAAGCCGGUCCAGAUCGAGGUCCAGAGAGAGACACACGACUAACAAUAACCACGGUGGGCUCAGGGAUGAAUAUUAUUACGAACAGCAAAGGGACGAUGCGCAGAGGCAGCGACAAGAAGCUUUCAUUGCCAGGCGUCUACAAGAGAGAGAAAGAAUUGGGGAACUGGGUUGUCCUGAAGUUUGGGGAUAUUCGCCUAGAGUGAAAGAACCAGAUUCUGAUGAAUUUACCCCUGUUGAAGAUGAUGAAAAAAACAGCAGCUCUGAAUCAAGUUCUGAAGAGGAAAAGAAGAAGAAAAAGAAGAAGAAAAAGAAAUCCAAAAAGAAAAAGAACAAAAAGCACUCUGAGGACAGCGACCUGGAAUCUGAUUCUGAUGAAGAUACUCUAAAGAAAAAAAAGAAGAAGAAGAAGAGCAGAAAGUCCAAGAAGUCCAAGAAAAAGAAGAUGAAAAAGAACCGCAAGGAGUCCAGUGAGUCUAGCAGUGAAGAGUCUGGGGAUGAAGAAGAGGAUGAUGAUGCUGGUGCUGUGAUGUGGGUGGAGAAAACCUGUAUAGAUGAGCAUGUGGUUGGCCCUGAAGCUCCCCUCACACAUUUGUCCCAAGAUGACAAACCACUAGAUUUUGGACAUGCACUACUACCAGGUGAAGGUGCUGCUAUGGCAGAGUAUGUAAAAGCUGGCAAACGUAUUCCAAGAAGAGGAGAAAUUGGACUCACUAGUGACGAGAUAGCAAACUUUGAAAAAUCUGGCUAUGUGAUGAGCGGCAGCAGACAUCGUCGUAUGGAAGCUGUGCGUCUGAGAAAGGAAAACCAGAUUUACAGUGCAGAUGAAAAGCGAGCUCUGGCUUCAUUUAACCAGGAAGAAAGGAGGAAGAGAGAGAGCAAGAUCCUGUCAAGCUUUAGGGAAAUGGUGUACAGAAAAACUAAAGGCAAAGAUGAAAAGUAACUCAUGUUAUGUUUUCUUUUCCCUUUUAAGCCACAUUUUUGGAAAGUCUUACAUGGCAAUGAGUGAGGGGGGAAAAUCUUUAUAAAUUUGUUGUAUACAUGAAUCAGUUAGUGUAUGGAUGGAAGAUGAUAGAAAUAAAUACCCUUCUGUAAAUAUCCCCAUUAAUAUGGACUGAGUGUCCA